AUGGCGCUAAAAGGCGUUAAGGUAGACGGCCUCCGAGCCGUCAACAGACGUGGUGAUAGUUGGAUAUUAUCUUUCCGUCCCUUGCUGCUGCUGCUAUUGUUGCUGCUGCUGCUGCUGCCCUCGACAACAGAGCAGCAGGAGCAGCCGCAACAGCAGCAAGAAGAGCAGCAAGAGACGCCGCAGCAGCACGAGCAGCAAGUGUAUCCGGAGAUAGUCAAUGGCCCAGUAGGAUCUAUCUCCACCUACAAUACAAGCCAAACCACCACCAGCAGCAGCAACAGCAGCAGCAACACUGCAGCAGCAGCAGCAGCAGCAGCAGCAGCAGCAGCAGCAACAGGAGCAACAUCAUCAUCAGGAGGAAUAGUCCCCUCAUAUAACCAAUUGAAUUCCUCCUCUCAAUCAUCUACAUCUGCUGGUGUAUCAAUAACAGCAGGAGGAGCAGCAGGAGGAGCAGGAGGAGCAGGAGGAGGAGGAGGAGAUAUAGGUGCAUAUGAAGGUCCAUUACCAGCAGCAGCAGCAGCAGAUGUAAUACGUGUUAUAUUAUAUGGAUCUAUGUUCUCUUAUGCAUAUUAUUUUCUUGAUGUCUUUGUUGGAUCACCACCACAAAGACAAAGUGUUAUAUUAGAUACAGGAAGUUCUUUAUUAGCCUUUCCUUGUACUGGCUGUGAGCAUUGUGGUAGUCAUUUAGAUCCUUUAUUUGAUCCAUCAUUAUCAUCAACAUCUUCUUUUAUUGAUUGCUUAGAUAGCAGCAAAUGUUUUGGUUGUCAUAUAAGGGAGACAUCAUUAUUUAUAACACAAAAAGCAUCGGGUAUAUUUGGUGUUUCUUUCCCCAAGGGUUUUAGACAACCAACACUAAUUGAUGUUAUAUUUGAUCAGGGUUUAGUACAAGAAAAAGUUUUCUCUAUUUGUAUAUCAGAGGAUGGAGGUUUAUUAACAAUAGGAGGAAUAGAGCCGGGGUUUCUGUUAUUUUGGUGUGAUGGCCUAGAUGACAAUCGCAUGCAAGAGAGUGUUUUGGGGCUUUCUUUCUUUAAACAUAAACAAAUAGUAUUCGAUAGAGAUAAGAACAGGAUAGGAGCAAUUAAUGCUUAUUGUCCUAAUUUCUUCCUAGAGGAAAGAAGACAACCUAAUGAUCCUGUUGAACCCCAAGGGCCCUCGCAGGCAUCUACCGUCAGGGAGGCAUACAAGGUCUUCGAAGAUGGUUCAACUCCUCGCAAAAGUCCCCAAGCUUUGCCUAACAGUUGGGGGAAUCAAAGAGAGACAGCUGCCAUCCUCUUUUGGAUACUGGUGGGGUUGGGGUGUUUCUUUCUUGGUGUUUAUGCCUUAUGUCGUUGUUGGAGGGGACCCGCUCCCCUGGGAUCGUCUCCCCUGGGAUCGUCUCCACUGGGAUCGGGAUCGUCUCCUCUGGGAUCGGGAUCGUCUCCUAACAAUGCUGCCUUCUUAGAGGCACAAAGAAGAGCACAUGAGGCACGACUAGCAGUGUGGGGUGCGGCUGUUGACAGCAGCGAUGAAGAACUCCCUGUGCAAACACACAUAAAGGCGGGUGCUGUAUCUCCUGGUGGUCCACCAACAGAGUGUACAGACAACCCCACCGAUUCAGGUGUAUCUGCAGCAGAGGUGCAGCAGCAGCAGCAGCAGCAGCAAACUCCUGUUGCAUCUAAUGCACCUCUAUAUACUCUUCUUGCUAAGGAAAGUAGCUAG